UGAAUUCAUUCUUUAAAUAAGAAAUCUAACGUGAGUUGUAGUCUCAUAACAACGUCCGUAUCCUAAAUGCGAUUCAAACCACAGAAGAAAAAAGUAGACCACAAUGCAACGCGACAACUUUCCAGCAAAUGGGCGGAGCCGUGCGUCGCUCGGCCAAUCAGAACGUGGCGGGAGUUUUUUCAAACUUUUGACCGGAAAAGCUCGGAGCUCGGAGACAGAACCGGAGACAGAAACGGAGACAGAACCGCGUUCACGCGUUUCUACGGUGUGACGUCCCGAGAGAGAGAGACUUCGGGCCGGUUCUCUUCACCGAGCGGAGCGAUACCGAGUCGGUUCAGCCGGAGGACGAAGACACAGAGUCUACAGAGUACACGGAGUAUACAGAUUCUACAGAGUACACGGAGUAUACAGAGUCCACAGAGUACACAGAGUGUACAGAGUACACAGAGUGUACACGGAGUAUACAGAGUACAGAGUAUACCUCAACCUCACUUGUCUUCCUGUCUCCCUGCUUGUCUUCCUGUCUCCCUCCCUGUCUCCCUGCUUGUCUCCCUGCUUGUCUCCCUGCUUGUCUUCCUGUCUCCCUCCCUGUCUUCCUGUCUCCCUCCCUAUCUCCCUCCAUUUCUUCCUGUCUCCCUGCUUGUCUUCCUGUCUCCCUCCCUGUCUUCCUGUCUCCCUGCUUGUCUCCCUGUCUCCCUGCCUGUCUCCAGUCCUGGCCUUCCCCUCCUUCCUGCUCGGCGUCCCUCAGGACGGCCUCUGCAGUAAACUGACCAGCAGGAUGAUUGACAGCAAGUGGGGAGGGAAGAGCGAGUCCAUCGCCGUGACGAUGAGCACGGAGCAGGCCUGUUUCUCCAGAGACGCCCUGUCCAAGGCCCUGUACACCCGUCUGUUCGACUUCCUAGUGGACUGUGUAAAUAAAGCCAUCCAGAAGGACCAGGAGGAUUUCAACAUCGGAGUCCUCGAUAUCUACGGCUUUGAGAUCUUCCAGAGAAACGGCUUCGAGCAGUUCUGCAUCAACUUUGUGAACGAGAAGCUGCAGCAGAUCUUUAUCGAGCUCACGCUGAAGGCCGAACAGGAUGAGUACGUGCAGGAGGGGAUCCAGUGGACCCCCAUCGAGUACUUCAACAACAAGGUGGUCUGUGACCUCAUCGAGUCCAAACUGAAUCCCGUUGGGUUGAUGAGCGUCCUGGAUGACGUGUGCGCCACGAUGCACGCCAAGGGGGAGGGGGCGGACCAGACGCUGCUGCAGAAGCUGCAGGGCCAGAUGGGCUCGCACGAGCACUUCAGCAGCUGGAGCCAGGGCUUCAUCAUCCACCACUACGCUGGCAAGGUGUCGUAUGACGUCAGCGGUUUCUGUGAGAGGAAAAGAGACGUGUUGUUCAAUGACAUCAUCGAGCUGAUGCAGAGCAGCGAGUUUCCGUUCAUCAGAGCUCUGUUCACUGAGAACCUGGAGGCAGAGAAGAGAGGCCGUCCGUCCACCGCCAGCACCAAGAUCAAGGUGGUCCUCCGCCAGUGUGAUGGCGGCCUCCAGCGACGUGGGGCUGUGACAGCGGACCCACUCUGCUGUUCCGGUCGGCAGCCCCUCCAUGAACCGCUCCACGACGACCUUCUCCACCGCCGCCUGCGCCCCUCCUGUGCUCCCGGGCUGCAGCCACCUCGUCGCGGCGUCCCUCAGCCAUUGCGCGUAUGCAAACGGCCGGUCGUCGGGCCCCAUCGUGGCCUCGCGAAACCUCCGCCGGUGAUCCUCCGGAGUCAGACCCAGCCGAUCCAUCACCGCCUUUCGUACGUCCACGUACCUGUGGCGUGCUGCUGGGGGAAGCCCCAGGGCCGCAGUCUGCGCCUCCCCUGUGAGCAGAGGUGGGCCGUCAGGGCCAGCAAGGCCUUCUCUGCUGGCCUAAACAUCAUCAGAAUAUAUAUUUUGUUCUAAAUAUAUUUCCCCACAAAUAUGUAUUCAAUUAUUUCCCAGAGUAAGAGUUAUUCUCUUAAUUUCAUAGCGUUCCUCUUGGUUGCACUGCUUCCAGCCCCAGGUUGAGAUUUGGAGGGCUGGUCUUUAUGUUAGAUCUUUUAUCCAAUCAUAUUCAGCCAUCGUGUGUUGCCAGGGGGCUAACAUCUGCCCUUAGGCCUGCAGAAUCAACAUUGCGGGUGCUGGUAGCUUAAAGUGAAUGGGAAUGAAAAUUUCGUGUCAACCAAUCAGCUUUAGAGUUGGCUCCUGAAGGCCUGCUGGCCCCGGAACCGGCACAGGAGCAGCUAGCAGGCGGAGGGCGUGCACGUCUUUUGAUUGGAUUACCAAUAUUGAGAGGCGGGGCCUAUGGGCAGGUAGAUGCAGAACCUCAGAACUAGGAAACUGAAUUUGAUAAACGAAUUAAUUCGCGUCCUACUAAGCUGUUUUUUCAACCCACAAUGGCGGAAGGAGGAGAAGAUAUCGAUUUGGUCGAGGAUAUAAUUAUAACGCCAUUCUCAAGACAAACUUUAAGACCGACGCCAACACAGGCGGAACAGGGGCUCACUCGCUUGCCACUUUCAAAGUUCCAACUACGAGCGCUACCAAUGGCUCAGGCUCCGAGAAGCUCUGCUCCCCGGACUGCUGGGAAUGCCUAUUAUUUGCAAGUGAUCGAUUUGGUGUUUGGAGCCACACUGGCUUUGCAAACUUGAGUUGUCUAACCAAGGCAGCAACGAGACACCAAAGUGAGGCUCGGCACCUGCAAGCAACGGUGCUUUGAAAACUUUUGUGGACACCCGAGCGGAUCUACAGAUCAACGAACAAGCGAGCAGGGCAGCGGAGCUGCACAAUGAAAAGGUGAAGAAAAAUAGGGAAAUAUUGAAAAGACUCAUUAAUUGUGUCAUAUGUUUGGGUAAACAGGAACUUUCAUCUUCAUCAUCACGGUGAAACUGCUCUGGGUGAGAAUGCGCUGUUUAGUGAACACUGUAAAAAAAAGUCUGACUUAAAGUUUAAAGUUUGUGGACCAGAAAUGGAUAGAAGAAUAUUAAUAUAACUCCGUUGCACUCGAUUAUGUUCUUGCCUAUUAGUUGAACUGUACUGUAUUGUACUCUUCCCCUGCAAUUCUCUGAAUAAAAAUGUCAAU